AUGUUAUCGAAGGCUAUGGAAUAUUCGAGAGUACUCGUGAAGAUACAGAGUAGCUUACCAAUGCGAGGAUCGCUGCGAGUAUAUAGGAAGGGCCGAAACACUCGCAGACGACACGCUUUGCUGGUCAAACGUCUACCCCCUCUCGUCUCGCCUCUUGCCUCUCUCUUGUACCAUCUACUGUACACCUGUACCCGUAGAUAG